AUCCCUGUAACAGGGAUUAUCUCAAUCUAAAUUAGGGAUCCAAAUAAAGAUUGCAGUCUGGUUAUUGGAUUGUAUUGUAUUACAUGUGGCUUCCUGCUGUGCAUGAACACUGAGCUCAUAAAAGGAAACGGAAAUAUAAUUUCCUUUACUGAAUGUUCGCAUAUCAACCAAUAAUUUAAUUUCGUUUCAACAUCAUCUUGACCCUUCUCACAAUCGGUGUCGAGGCGUGAACGCGCACAGUCUGGACUGCCGUCUGGUCAGACAACUCGGGAGGCAAAUAGGAGGGGCGAGUAUCGGGGAUGCCACGAAGGACCAGAGAUGUUCUGAAUGAAAGAAGGAUCUGGCAGCCUUUGGAUAACAAUGCUGGAGAACUUGAGCGGAGCCCACAUUGAUCGAUCCAGCCCUAGAUCAUCCACAUUCAGCUUCUCUGCCCUGUUUGCUCUGCCACACCACCUUCACAUGGAUGGAAGCAGUCAUCCAUUCAGGAGGACUCUGUACCGGUUAAAGUUGGUAAGUUCUCCGAAUCUGAGUCAGCUGGGGAAAAAUGAAAAGGCUUCACUGGAGGAGAGAGGAUCCGGGCCUAAUAUCAUAUGGAACAGCAUUCACAAUGCAGUUAUUGCUGUAUUCCAAAAGAAAGGACUGGCAGACAACGAACUCUAUACACUCAAUGAAGGCGUGAGGCAGCUAUUGAAAACUGAGCUGGGCUUGUUCUUUACAGAAUACCUCCAGAAUCAGCUUUUAACUAAAGGCAUGGUCAUUUUACGGGACAAAAUAAGGUUUUAUGAAGGUCAGAAGUUAUUGGACUCUUUGGCUGAGACAUGGGACUUUUUCUUUUGUGAUGUUCUGACUAUGCUUCUAGCCAUCUUCCACCCCGUCCAGGGUAAGGAGCCAUCGGUGCGUCAGCUGGCCCUGCUGCACUUUCGAAACACCAUCACCCUUAACAUGAAGCUGGAGGAGGCUCUGUCCAGACCGCGAGCCCGUGUCCCUCCCUCCAUCGUCCAGAUGCUUUUAGUGUUACAGGGGGUUCAUGAAUCCAAAGGUGUGAGUGAAGAAUACCUGAAGCUGGAGUCUCUCAUUCAGAAGGUGGUGUCGCCGUACCUGGGCACGCAGGGACUGUGUUCACAUGAGUGUGGCGCCUCUCAGUGCUCCUGUGUUAUUGUGACAAAGAGGUGUUUGCAGUAUUGCUGGUCCAAGUCUGCAGACCUGCCCUCCAGUAAUCCAGUAGUGCGCUCCAAGAGUUACAACAUCCCCAUGCUGACCCCCGUGGCUGAGUACGACUCUGAAGUGAGCUCUGUGGGCAGCGUCGGCAUCCGGCGUCACUCUGCAUGUGAUGUCACUUCCUGCAUAGAGCCCCUGGGCUAUUCGACCCUGACUGUGGGAAUAGAGACCAGCUCAACCCCCAGACUCUCACUCGAUCACGAGCUCACCCUGUCUAGUGUGAUGCGAGGGGCUGCGGGACAGCCAGCUCUGAUUUCUCCGCCCAUCUUCACAGGCUGUCUGCAUGCAGCGGACGCCCCGAUGGCUUCAUCUGAGGUGGACAAGGCCCUUUCGUCGCCCCCGAGCUGCUCCUCCAGUCCGGAGACGAUUGUACUGCAGGGAGUAGACUCGCUGGAAUCAGAUCCUGACGGAAUCUUCAUCGACUUUUCCCACUGCCGCUCCGAUUCUUUCGGAACCAGCAGGAAAACUAGCUGAUGGAAUCCAUUUCUGUGAAGAAUCCCUUUCAGAUUUUUAUGAUUAUAAACUACCAAUAUUCUGUGACCUUGUGAAGUAGCUAUGUACGUUGUGAUUUUUCAAAAAGCUCAAAAGCUAAGGCUGCUUUGUGGGAAAAAUUAUUGUUUUCUUAAUGUUCUAAACCUGUGGAUGAAUUUUUCUACUUUUUCAUAGACGAUAGGGGAGGGUAAUUGCACCUUUUUAUUGCGCAAUUUUGAGUUUAUAUCUCACAAUUCAGACUUUUUUCCCUCUGAAAUUGCUGGUUGUUAAUUCACAUUUGCAUGAAAAAAGGUUGCAAUUAUGUUAAUUCAAUUCACAAUUCUGAGGAAAAAGUCAUUUGUGAAAUGUAAACGUGCAAUUUUGAGUUUAUAAUUUGAAAUUGUAAGAUAUAAAUUCGUAACUAUGAGAAAAAAGGCAGAAUUGCGAUAUUGUUUUUAUUUUUAUUCCAUGGCAGAAAUAAGCUUCCAUAUUCAUUUUGUUCAAAGGUGUGGUCACAUUUACUCUUGUCAAAUUUUCGCAGGCGAAAUCCAGUCAUUUCAAAAGGAAUUCACACGGAUGGGAGUUUCACAUGAGGGCUGAAGAUUUCGCAGUGGGUUCAAGUUGGUCACAUGGAUUUACCACAUUGACCAGCAGGAAGCUGAUUGGCACAUACGUUAUGUCUGUGUGAGCUGUAUUUCAUACAUCAUUACAUAAUCAACAAUAGACAACUGGCCUUUUUUACUAACAAAAAUGUGACUGCACCUUAAAUGAGCUUCAUGUGUCACACUGUGUAAUGAGAUGACAGUAUGUCUAAAUGUAGAAAUCUCUUCCAUUAUUGUCGCUCUUGAUCUCAUGCACUAUUUAUUGUCAUAGGGCUUUAAACGAAAUACAUUUAGUGCUUUUUAAUCAUUGCCAAGCUAACCUGCACUCUUAAUGGUAUGAAAAGAAAUGAGUCUCUUAUUCUGGGAGAAUAACAGUUGCUGAUGAUAAUACAGUGCAGAAUAUUGUAUGUCUUGAACAUUCUGUUUUUCCAAAGCUUGUUGCUUUUUUAUGUGACGAUAAUGUGCUGUCUGAAAGUUAACAGGCUUGAUAACUGAAUGUGUUAACGAAAGCUCAUUGGUAGAAUAGAAUGAAUACAGAAAUAUGCUUUUAGAUGACACUGAAAUACAGAUUUCCACUUAUUGACUAUAAAAAGCUAUUUUAUAUGAGGAUGUUUGUUAAUGAAAAAAAGACUAUUAUAUGAUUUCUUUAGAAUUGAGAAGUUAAUUUAAUUGGUAAAUACCUGUAAGUUUAAUUAGAUACAUGUAUAUUCCAUAAUAUGAAAUUGAGAUGCAUAAAAAACCCAUUGUAUAAGAAUUUAUAUGGUACUUUAAACUGUUUUUUUUGUGUGUGUGUGAUUUUUUUUUUUUUCUUUACUUCUAUGUAUGCAAGCUUAUUGGUUUAAGUUAUAAAGUUGUUAAUUUCUCUAUAGUUUUAUAGAAAGAGAUUGAGCAUACUUGCAUAGAUUUUACACAAACAACAUUUUUUGGAAAUGUAAAAAGUUUACAGUGGUACUUUAAUACUUGCACUGUCAUUUCUGAAUGUGCUUGGUUUCAUUUUUUUAUCAGCUUUCAUGUGUGCUGCUGUGAACAACCUCAACAAGACUGAAUUUGUAGUAAAAUA